UGUGUCGUUAAACACGUUUUAAUAUCUGAUAGGGCCAGUUUCUGCGCAUUGCACAUUUUUUUUUUCCUUUCAGGAACGUGUUCGGGCCCGCGGCAGGGGGCGGGGUCGCGCCUCCUCCGCGGCUCUGGUUCCAGCCGAGCCUCACCGCCUCGGAGAUGGAAAGCCCAAGGCUGCUCCCGCCUCGAGGGACACGACAGAGCGGUGGUGCUGGCAGCCCCGCGGGCGGCAGCCGGUUCCACGGCGGCCCUGACCCGCGGGCUGGCCAGGUCCCCGCGCGCCGCCUCCUGCUGCUCCGGGGCCCCCAAGAUGGCGGGUCCGGGAGGCGGCGCGAGGAGGCCCGCGCGGCCUCACGGGGCCCGGGCCUGAGCCCGUUGGCGCCCAGGUCGGAUUAUGCUAGUGGCGGCGACAGCGAUGACUUCUUCCUGGUGCUGCUGGACCCGGUGGGUGGCGAUGUGGAGACCGCGGGCGAUGGCCAGGCCGCAGGGCCUGUAUGGAGGGAGGAGGCCGAGUCGGUCCCACAGCUGCAGCAGGGUGAGAGUGGCGCGAAUCCCGCGGGCCGCCAGGCGCUAGGCCCCCGCUGCCUGUCUGCAGUCCCCGCCCCAGCCCCGGCCCAGAACCCGAUCCCCGCCCCAAGUCUGGCACCCGCCGCGGCCUUCACGGGCACCGUCACCAUCCACAACCAAAACCUGCUCUUGCGCUUCGAGAACGGUGUCCUCACCCUGGCCACACCCCCGCCGCCAGCCUGGGAGCCUGAGGUCGCGCCUGCCCCUCAGCCUGGGGGUCUGAUGGCUCCGCAAGCGGGGGUCCCGCACGCCGCGCAGCCCAAUGACUGCCCUGAGCUGCCGCCCGACCUCCUGCUGGCCGAGCCGGCUGAACCGGCGCCGGCCCCAGCGCCUGAGGAGGAGGCAGAGGGCCGGGCCGCAGCCGAGAGUCCCCGCAGGCCGCUGGGCCCGGGCCCCGGCGUGGUGCUGUACCUGUGUCCCGAGGCGCAGUGCGGACAGACCUUCGCCAAGAAGCACCAGCUGAAGGUGCACCUGCUGACUCACAGCAGCAGCCAGGGCCAGCGGCCCUUCAAGUGCCCCCUGGGCGGCUGUGGAUGGACUUUCACCACCUCCUACAAGCUCAAGAGGCACCUGCAGUCGCACGACAAACUGCGGCCCUUUGGUUGCCCUGCGGAGGGCUGUGGCAAGAGCUUCACCACGGUGUAUAACCUCAAGGCGCACAUGAAGGGCCAUGAGCAGGAGAACUCGUUCAAAUGCGAGGUGUGCGAGGAGAGCUUCCCCACUCAGGCCAAACUCAGCGCCCACCAGCGCAGCCAUUUCGAACCUGAGAGGCCAUACCAGUGCGCAUUUUCCGGCUGCAAGAAGACGUUUAUCACAGUGAGUGCCCUGUUUUCCCAUAACCGUGCCCAUUUCAGGGAACAGGAACUCUUUUCCUGCUCUUUUCCAGGCUGUAGCAAACAGUACGACAAGGCUUGUCGCCUGAAAAUUCACCUGCGGAGCCACACAGGUGAGAGACCUUUCCUUUGUGACUUUGACGGCUGUGGCUGGAACUUCACCAGCAUGUCCAAACUCUUGAGGCACAAAAGGAAGCACGAGGAUGACCGGAGGUUCAUGUGCCCUGUGGAAGGCUGUGGGAAAUCUUUCACAAGGGCUGAGCAUCUGAAAGGCCACAGCAUAACCCACCUGGGCACAAAGCCUUUUGUGUGCCCUGUGGAAGGCUGCUGUGCCAGGUUCUCUGCUCGCAGUAGUCUCUACAUUCACUCCAAGAAACACUUGCAGGACGUGGACACCUGGAAAAGCCGCUGCCCAGUCUCUACUUGUAAUAAGCUCUUCACAUCCAAGCACAGCAUGAAGACCCACUUGGCCAAAAGGCACAACCUUGGCCAGGAUCUCUUAGCUCAGCUAGAAGCUGCAAAUUCUCUUACGCCCAGCAGUGAACUUACCAGCCAGGGACAGAAUGACCUCAGUGAUGCAGAGCUAGUGUCUCUCUCCUCUGAUGUGCCUGGCAGUAGCUCCGCUGCAGUGCUGGACACAGCAUUGGCAAACUCUGGAAUCUUGACUAUUGAUGUGGCUUCUGUGAGUUCAACUCUGGCAGGGAGCCUCCCUGCUAAUAAUAAUAAUUCAUUAGGGCAGGCUGUGGACCCUCGGGCCUUGAUGGCCAUCAGUGACCUUCCUCAGAGUCUGGAUACCUCUCUCUUUUUUGGAACGACAGCCUCUGGUUUUCAGCAGAGUCCCUUAGAUAUGGAUGAUGUCUCAAGUCUAAGUGUGGGGCCAUUGGUAUCUCUGGGCUCUUUGGCUAUGAAAAACUCGAGUCAAGAGCCCCAGGCUUUGACCCCCAGCAGUAAGCUUACAGUGGACACAGAUGCUCUGACUCCUUCAAGCACCCUUUGUGAAAACAGUGUCUCGGAACUACUGACGCCAACCAAAGCAGAAUGGAAUGUACAUCCUGACUCUGACUUCUUUGGACAGGAGGAAGAGACCCAGUUUGGAUUCUCCAGUGCAGCAGGAAACCAUGGUUCUCAGAAAGAAACAGAUCUUAUCACAGUGACUGGCAGCUCAUUUUUGGUAUGAACUAACUAUUAAUUCCUUGCCACGUGGCUUAUUCUUACGAAUUACACUCCAUUUUAAGGAUAUUCUGGACUAAAUGUUUAAAUCCAGUAGUCAUUUCUUAUAGGUUUGAAAAAGAACAAAGCCCUGGGCUACAAGUCUGGAGAUUUAAAUUAUGAUCUUGACUCUGGAACUGUCGAGUUGUGUGACCCUGAGCAAGUCACUUAAUCUAUCUGAGCCUUAAUUUCCUUAUUUAUAAAAUGAGGUGGUUUGAAUUGAUUGUUUCUAAGGUCUUUUCAUCUCUGUGAUUCCUUGGUAAGUUUAUUUCCUUGGAAAAAAUAAGGACAGUUUUUAUUUUUAUUUUUUUUUAUAAAUUAAUUUUUAUUGGUGUUCGAUUUACCAACAUUCAGAAUAACACCCAGUGCUCAUCCCGUCAAGUGUCCCCCUCCGUGCCCGUCACCCAUUCACCCCCACCCCCCGCCCUCCUCCCCUUCCACCACCCCUAGUUCAUUUCCCAGAGUUAGAAGUUUUUAUGUUCUGUGUCCCUUUCUGAUAUCUCCCACACAUUUCUUCUCCCUUCAAUAAGGACAGUUUUUAGUGCUUGUGUUGCAUGUGCUUUUUUCCCAAAACAUACAUAAUGGUGUAAUGAACAGCCAUGUCCUUAGCACCCAACUUUAACUUUUAUUAAUUCGCAAAUAACUUUGUUUACCUUAUCUCUAACCCUUUUUAGGAGGUAUUUUGGAAUAAAUACUAUACAGUACAUCAUUUCAAUUAUUAUUCCAUAUAUAGUUAUAUAAUGUAUGGGCUCUUUUGGAAAAAUUAUGAUUUCAUUAUCAUACUUAAAGUUAACUGUAAUUCCUUAAUACCAGUAAAUAUCUAGUCAGCUUUCAAUUUGGAAUUAUUUCAUAAAUGCUAUUUAUUUUUAAUAUAGAAUUCCAAUAAAGCUCUUAAGGGUCUUUUAAUCUGUUUCCUCCUUGAUUCUUUCUUUGCACUUUUAUUUGUUGAAGAACUAGGUUGUUUCACAUGUAGCAUUUGCCACAAUCUUAGGUUUUUGUCAUUACAUCCUUUUGGUGUGAAGUUCCUUUACCCUUUGUUUCCUUUAUUUAGUAGUUGGAUCUAGAGACUUCCUCAGAUUGAAAAUACAAUUUUUGGGGCAGGAAUGUUUCUUAGUUCAUGAUGUGUUCUUUUAAUCAGGUGGUACAUAAUGUCUGGUUCUCUCUUUUUGUUAUAUUUGCAGCUGCUGCUGAUAAAUGCAUUUAUUGAUGAUUACUUGUGUUUCUGAUAUCAUGGAUUGUUCUUGUAGAAUUACUAUUAGUGGAGGAGGAAAUGUUGUUUAAGGCAUUUAUAAAAGUUUAACUGAAGUAUUAUUCAAUGCCAAAAUAUUUUCUUAAAUAAUGGUAGAAUUAACAAGAAAAAAGAUAACAAAAAUAUGUUGGCUGUUUUUGCCAUUUAUCCUCCUGACCUUUUGUAAUGGGGGCAGGAUUUGUUUUUGUUGAAGUUGCCAGCCAGAAUUUUGGCAUGGAACAAACCCAGGGUCAAAUUUGUAAGGGAUAAAUGGCCUGAAUAAAUUAGUCUCACUAAGCCUGAGUUUCCUAGCUGUCAUAUGAUCAUGGCAAUGCACACACAUAGCUAGCACACGUUAGACUUUUCUUCUUUUCCAGUUUUUAAUAUGUAAGGAAAAGUAUUAUGCGGGGCAGCCCCGGUGGCGCAGCGGUUUAGCGCCACCUGCAGCCUCUGGUGUGAUCCUGGAGACUCAGGAUCGAGUCCCACAUCCGGCUUCCUGCAUGGAGCCUGCUUCUCCCUCUGCCUGUGUCUCUGCCUCUCUCUUCGCUCUCUCUGAAUGAAUAAAUAAAUAAAUCUUUCUUAAAAAAGUAUUAUGUGCUUUGGCAUAUUUUGAUGAAUUUAUAUAAUUUUUUUUUACCCUCUCAGGCCUUUCUGCUGUAAGGGAGAAAUUGAGAUAAUUUAACCCCAUUCAAUGUUUAGGCAAUGAGUUUUGUUAGGGUUAGAGUGAGGUAUGAUACGGAAUCUCUGUAUUUUCUCCACUGAAUAAUCCUCCCUCCUUCCAGGAAUUUCUGUGGGGAAAUGCCAGGAGUAGAGACAUUGCUCAAAGGUAUAUUUGCAACCAUUUCCCUUAGAUCAGUUUAUCACCAUAUCUGCUCUGCUUACAAAGUCAGACUUUGCUGUGACUGCGGAGCCGAGCCUGCUAUUGUGUGAAGCUCUGAUAAUGAAGCAGAGGUUUCCUCCUUUCUGUGGUCUGGAGAACUCAUUGUUUCCAUUUUCUCAGAGUUGGAAGGAUAGAAUGAAUCUGAAUAUUGUAUAAACUGUCUGUCUUAUAUAUGAGGGCAGCUUUUGAAUUUUGUGGAACUUCUUCACUACUGGUAUCUUAUUUGUUGUUCAGAACAACCCUGUGUGGUAGUUUUGACAAAGUCUGUACUGUGACACGUGGCAAUUUAGCCAACUUACAUUCUAAAUGGUGACUGACAGUUAUAUAUAUAACUUAACACAAGAUAAAUUAUCUUUGCCUCUCCUUUUCCACUUAUCCAACUUCCAUGAUUCAUUUCAGUGUCAAAACUAGCUCUGUUUUCCACUGUAAUUGAUUUCUGUUACUUUGUGCUUAACUUUCUCCUCUCUCUACUCCCUUGUGCAUUCCAGUCUUUGCCAUUCCUUUCUUUUUUAAAUUUUUUAAUGGAUAGAUCUUUUCUUGCCCAUUUACUCAUCCUACACACUGAUAAAUGACUCAGAUGAUAAACAAGAUUAUUUUCUACAUUGUUCAGAUGAGAAGUAGAUUUCUGUUUCAUUAUUUUCAUUUUUUAAAAGUUUUUGCUACAGAGUUUGGCUAACUAAUACUCUUAUUUGCUCUAGUGAACUAGUCAGUAGUGUUUGCACGUGAAUGGCUAUGGAUGACAAUUACUGUAGCACUUUGGCAGUGCACUAAAAACUUGCCACUUUGAAAUGUUUCUGUACUGUGUGUGGGUAUACACACAUAUAUUUUUUUAAGUGGUUGUAUUCAUUUAGUGAAAACGGUAGGCAUACUUUUGUAAAUCAAAAAUACUCAGAAUUUUAUUGUCUACUCCUUCAACUGUUUUCUCCCUUUGCUUUGAAAUAUUUGUAUUUAUAAAGUGCAUUUCAAAAAUACUGUCAUUCAUUAAGAUCUCUUAAAUAGAUCCCUAUUUUUCAUGUCCAGAAAAUAUGUGUGUUAAGAAUGGAAAUGAAUGCACAAGUAGCAAACAUCAAAUAAAUUAUUUAAAC